UACUGAUGAUAAUGAAAAAUAAUAACGAGGCCAAUUCUCAUCUAUAUGACGUAUAAAAGGACCUCCGUCAGAUCUUCUUUUUAAAUACAAUUCCUCUCUAAUCGGUAUAGUAAACAACUGUCAGGAAUUGGUUUCCAGAUAACAUGGGCAAAGGCCUCCCUUACAAACUUUUUCGAGAAUUUCACAUUCCGCUGGGUGCAAAUGAAGAAUUCUUCUCGGAUGCUUCAGAAUACUCUCCAAGGGAUGGACAAAUAUUUAUCGUAUCCUAUCCCAAGUGUGGCACCACGUGGAUGCAGCACAUUGUCUACCUUCUGUUGAGAAAUGGCAAGGCAGCGAACAGCAUAUCUGAAGUGAUAUCAUCCAUACCUUUUCCCGAACAGGACGGAUUUCCGUCGGAUGUACCACAAAAGGAUAUCUAUGCUUUGAAGUACCACCUUCCCUUCAGGUUGAUGAAGUACAGUGAAGAUGCCAGAUAUAUCCACGUCGCAAGAAAUCCAAAAGAUGCAUGCGUCUCAUACUAUAACUUCUUAAAGAAACUGCCAGGAUACCACAUCGAAAGUUUCGAUGAUUUCUUUGAUGCUUUCAUCAGUGGUGAAAUGCCCUAUGGUGAUUACGUUGACCUCGUUUACAGUUGGUACGAAAAGAGACACCUGAAGAACGUUCUGUUCAUCACAUAUGAAUCCCUCACAGAGAACCGAAGAGCGUCUAUCUUGGAAAUAGCUUCAUUCCUGGGACUGCAAACAAUAAACGAAGAAAUCAUUGAAAAUGUGCUGCAGUACUCCUCCUUCAAUUUCAUGAAAUCUUUAGUUGAGGAGGAUCCGUUCAUGCAGCAGUACUUGAACAACUCAACAGGUCAACGAAAGAACGAAACAAAAAACGAGAAGCCUCAAAUGAUGAGAAAAGGAAUUGUUGGCGAUUGGAGGAAUUAUUUCAACCGCCAACAGAAUCAAAGAAUGAAAGAAUACUUCGAAUCAAAGACAGAAGGAAUGGCUCUUUUGCCACUUUGGAAGGAUGAGAUACUGAACUAUGAAUAAAAAUUUCAA